UUGACAUGUGAGGAGUACGCGCGGUUUGCGUGUGUGACGUAUUUUCCGUUUCCACCAAAGAAGAAGAGAAGCGAUUUUCGCGGCAAUCUGAAUUGACUGCAAGUGUCAAUGAGCCCCCAGCCUUUGUUAUUUCCAGGCGAAUAGCGAAAUAGCAGGUCUAACUACAUUUAGGCUCUUGGGCUGAUGUCUGUUUUAGCACGAUCGCAAUAAAAGUGUAGCUAUCCGUCAAGCAGAAUUUUUGUUGGAUGCUUAGACAACCUGUUAUUAGCUAACGCUAGCUUAGUUAACUUACCUUCACUACCAAGAUACUGUAACACGUAUCAUUGCAUUUGUAUGAAUAUUUGUCGGUUGAUCCUGUAAUUUAGAGUUUAUACAAAUACGAUGGCGAUGCCAAACACAGAUCAGAUUAAAGAGGAGUUGGAGUUGUUCGAUAUAGGCUAUGAAGAUGAAUUGGUCCUAGACAAAAUGCUGGAGCAGUGUCUGUGCCACAGGAUGAAGGGGGACGAGAUAGUAUUGGAGUGGGUCGCCUUCAGCACCACCAAGGGAGGCCGGAAGCUGAGUCUGGACCACCUGGAGCAGUUUCAGCAUGAGGUUUUGAAUAAGAAGAACAAAUCCAAGCAGACCGCUAAGAAAGACGACUCCUAUAACAGGACCCGGGACAUCAACUCUAUUCAGGAUCUAAUCAAAGCUGAGGAAGAGGAGGAAAAUCUGCUAGACUCCUACUCCACUCCGGCCAAGGGUUCCCAGAAGCGAGCUCUUACUACACCAGAGCACCCCCAGUCCAAGAGAUGUGCUCGCAUGACCAGCCCUGGGCUCAUACUUUCACCUGCCAGUUUCUCCCCAUGUGCCACCCCUUCACAGAAGUACAGUGUGCGCAGCACCCGUGGGGAGGUGGUGUCCACUUUCGGGGAGGCACAGGACAAGCUCUGGAGUGCCCAGAAGGGUCAAAGGUCGGUGAGCGUCAUGCCGCUCCUGAGCGGAGAGGAUGCGCUGACCUCUAGCUACAAGUACAUGUUCCAGCGGCUCAGGGACAUCCGUGAUGUACUGACUGAGAAGAUUGAAGGCUUGGGUGAAGAACUAAAGCUCCACUUUAAUAUUGAGGAGAUCUCCCCUGUGUCCUUGCCUGCACAGGAUAAGAUGACAGUGUUGGGUCAGGUGUGUUGCGACAGCAACGGGAAGCUGAACGCCCAGUCUGUGCUCCUGGAGGCGGGGCAAGAGCAUGGUGGGAGGCAGGUGCGGCUGGACCUGUCUGAUCUCAGGGAGUACUCCCUCUUCCCCGGGCAGGUUGUCAUCAUGGAGGGAAUGAACACCGAUGGCCUCAAGUUUAUGCCAUCAAAGUUGUAUGAGGGUGUUCCUCUGCCUUUCUAUUCCCCUGAGGUGAAAGAAGAAUCUGAGGAGGAGUCUAAGCCGGUAAUGGUCUUGACUGCCUGUGGCCCCUUCACUCCUUCUGAUAGCUUGGCUUAUGACCCUCUGAUUGACCUGCUGACUGUGAUUAACAGAGACCGCCCUGACGUCUGCAUCCUGUUGGGUCCUUUUGUUGAUUCAAAACACGAACAGAUUGAGAAAUGUCAAGUGACUGAAACCUUUGAGAGUAUAUUUGCAAGAUGUGUGAACAGUCUUGUGGAAGGAACAAGAGGAAUUGGAUGCAAGUUGGUGUUCGUUCCAUCACAGCGAGACGUUCACCAUAAUUGUAUUUACCCACAACCCCCUUUCACACUGCCUGACCUCAGUAAGGAGGACGUAGAGAGAGUGAGCCUGGUAUCCGACCCCUGCACUCUGGUCAUUGAGGGCGUGACCUUUGGCCUGACCUCUACAGAUAUUCUGUUUCACAUGGGAGCAGAGGAGAUCAACAGUGCUGCUGGCUCCGACCGGUUCUCCCGAAUCAUGAAACACAUGUUGACCCAGAGGAGCUACUACCCCCUCUACCCUCCCACAGAGGAGAUCAACAUGGACUAUGAGAAGUUUCAGCUGUACGGUCACAUGCCCGUGACCCCUGACAUCCUGGUCGUCCCCUCAGAGCUGCGUUACUUCAUCAAGGAUGUGAUUGGUUGUUUGUGCAUCAAUCCUGGGCGUCUCACUAAAGGACAAGUUGGUGGCACGUUUGGCAGGUUGGUCGUCCAGAGAAGAGGCCCAGACGCAGAGGGGAAGAGAAGAAGUCCCUGCUUAACUGGACAAGUAGUGAAAAUAUGAAACUGAAAGGUGUCAAUAAAGACUGUACAUUUGUAAUGUUGUUGGAAAUGUAACCUAAGUAUUUUUUCUAAUCUAUAAACUUGAAAAUACUGGGGGGAACUUUUUUCAUAGUGUAUUUCUUGUUGGGCUUGUGAUUUGUGCAAAACCUAAGAGCAUCUCGCCAGUUUUCUGUCUUCUACCCAUCUGUAAAUUAUGGUAUCAAUUCUGUAUCUUUAUUACAUGAUUUCCAGUUUGUCUUUUUUGAUGAAUUUAAAGAUUUAUCAUUAAAUAAUUUUAUACA